AUGCCCGUGGAGGAGCUUCGGAGCCUAGUGAAUCAUCUGCUGGUCCUCCGCCAAGGCUCGCCUCUCGAGUCAUGCGAUUUCACAAUUGGAGACUUCAGCGGCGGGGACGAUGUGCGUCACGUGAACCUCUGGUUCCGGCAGGCUGUGAUAUGCAGAGCGCGGAAGCUAAGGAUCUGUAUGCUUGGUGAUUGUUCAAUGGAUCCGUGGCUUGAACUAGACAACCUACCUCUUGUGUCUGAGCACCUGACGAAGCUGCAGCUUGAUGGUGUGAGGGUGCACAACAGUUUGCUUAAUUUCUCAAGAUGUCCGGCAUUGGAAUAUCUAGAGAUUGAGUGCUGCAAUUUGUCUUUGGUCACGAAGAUCUCAUCUGACUCCAUCAAAUAUCUGCGUAUCAAUGAUUCUGUGCUCAAUAGUGAUUCCCGCAUUCACAUUUAUGCCCCAAAUCUGGAUUCACCGCACCUUGUUUACCUCCGUGAGAGAACUCCCAUGCUCUAUAGCAUGCCAUCACUAGUGGAGGUAUUUGUCAGAAUAGAAGAGUGUACAGAUCGCUGCAAUGGCGCAAACUAUGAGACUUGUGAUUGUGAGGCCUGUGAUAAUUCUGAUAACAUGGAUGAUGGCAGUGGCAACAGUGUUCUCCUGAAAGGUGUUUCAGAGGCUAAGAAUUUGGCGCUGAUUUCUAGACCUGAAAUGAUGCCACAACCUAAAGUGGAGAUGAAACUAUGUGUCAGUUCGACAAAGAGAUCAGCUGCAAUUUCAAAAUACCUUAAGAAAGUGGAGCUCAAGUGUGAAGUAGUUGAUGAUAGCGUUCUCAAAGUUUUGAAGUUCCUGUCUACAUAUAACAUAUUUUGGUAUGGACACAAACGACUGAAAUGGGAUGUUCUGGCUACAUUUUCAGUUGUUGAUUAG